GCUGGGAUUACAGGCAUGAGCCACUGUGCCCAGCAGAGACAUACUUUUUUCUUUGGGUCGGAUACACUCCAGAGGUUGUUCCAAAAUAAAGAAUUUGUGUGAGUGGCGUGGGUGUGUGGUUGUGAAACCUCUGGAAAGUUCUUUCCCAGAGUGGGAGGAAAGAACGCUCAGACCCGUCUGGCCUUCCCCCGGAGGAUCGAGCUCACCCCUGAGCCUCUCACGCUGUGCUCUGUCUCCCAGCUGCUCGCCCCCAAGUAGGAGGGUUCUCAAAUCACGAUCUUCUAUUUAAUUUAAGUCAAGGUUCCUUUUCUAAAACUAGUGUCUUUUAAGUCAUUGUCAAGAACUAUAAUCUAAAAUAAAGUUCUAAUUCAUCUAAAAGUUCUGACACAGGUAAGGCUUGAAAAUUUCAUGCAGACCAGCCUCGAGGUCUGCACCAUCUGCUGACAGCCACAUUUGACCUGGUUCCACGAGCUGACCUGUGCUUCCAUCUAAAUGCAGUGAGGGCGAGGGUUUAGGGGACAGAGGCAGUCCCAACUUUGUUGUUAGCCAGUUCCAAGGAACUUUAUAGCAAGAAGAAAAAAAAAAAAAGAGGAACUUGCAAAAAGUGACCACACUGAAGUGUCCGGGGUGCACAUUCUUGAUUUUUGGCUGCUGGCCUUUAAAUCAAUGCGUGUGUGCUCACCCAUCUUCCCUGCCCUCUGAGCUUCUCCUGGCUGUUUUUAUUAAUGCUUUUGGUCACCUGGAAUCAUCUGAUGAUUCUUAAGCUCUUGCUUUGCUUCCUUCCAGAUUUUUCCUUGUUACUGUUGCUGGCUAAUUUUGAGAGAUGGGAUUAUUGAAGACGAGUUCAUAUUUGUGAAUUCGAUUUUUCAUCUUUGUGUCUAAGCUGAUCCUUUGGGUGGUAUCUCUAAAGUUAUGUAAACUUGUCAUAUAGAAGGGCCAUAUGUGAAACGCAUCUACUUUCAACUUUACCCCCAGGAGGUGGGGUGGGUGAGGCCAGCUCUCUGGUCAGUGUAUCUUUUCGUCCCCAGUACCAUAAACUGCGUGUAUUUGAAGCCUGCAUCUGCUGCCUGUGCACACACACGCACUCAUCCGUGAAACCUUCAUCAAACAGUGACCGCAUCCGUCACCCAAGGUUUACCUGCGCUCUUUUGUAAUUCCUCUUCCCCCACCUCUGGACUCCUCUCUCUCCCAAGUAACCCCUGCUCUGCUUUCUAUCAGUUAGUUUGUAUUUCCUAGAAUUUUAUAUAAAUGGCAUCAUACAGCACGAACUCUUUCUAAUCCAGCUUCUUCCACUCCCCAGAAUUCCUUCGAGAUUCUUCUGCCCUGCAUCGUGAUUCAGUAGCUCCUUCUUUUUUAUCCACUGUAUGGACAUACCACAGCUUGUGUAUCCAUGUACCUAUUGUUGAACAUCUGGGUCGUGUCCAGUCUGGGGCUAUUACAAAUAACGUUGCUAUGAACAUCGUGUGCAAGUCUCUGCUUUCAUCUCUCCUGGGCAAAUGCCUACGGGUGUUAUGGCUGGGACGUGUGAUACCCUUUCACCAGCUUCAAGUCCCUCCUCGGUUACCUGCCCUGUGGUUCCUGGUAGCACAGAGGAGUCUCCCAGUGGACCAUUAAACAUUGAAUGUCGUAUCUGCGGGGACAAAGCCUCAGGCUACCAUUACGGAGUUCAUGCGUGCGAAGGCUGCAAGGGCUUCUUCCGGCGGACCGUCCGGCUGAAGCUGGUGUACGGCAAAUGCGACCGCAGCUGCAAGAUCCAGAAAAAGAACCGCAACAAGUGCCAGUAUUGCCGUUUCCACAAGUGCCUUUCGGUCGGGAUGUCCCACAACGCCAUUCGCUUUGGACGGAUGCCGAGGUCCGAGAAGGCAAAGCUGAAGGCCGAGAUCCUCACGUGCGAACACGAGGUGGAAGACUCUGAGUCCGCAGACCUCAGGUCGCUCGCCAAGAGAAUCUACGAGGCCUACCUGAAGAACUUCAACAUGAACAAGGUCAAAGCCCGCGUCAUCCUCGCGGGGAAGGCCAGCAACAACCCACCCUUUGUGAUACACGACAUGGAGACUCUGUGCAUGGCCGAGAAGACGCUGGUGGCCAAGCUGGUGGCCAACGGCAUCCAGAACAAGGAGGCGGAGGUCCGCAUCUUCCACUGCUGCCAGUGCACGUCGGUGGAGACCGUCACGGAGCUCACGGAGUUCGCCAAGGCCAUCCCGGGCUUCGCGAACUUGGACCUGAACGACCAAGUGACCCUGCUGAAGUACGGCGUUUACGAGGCCAUAUUUGCGAUGCUGUCUUCCGUGAUGAACAAAGACGGGAUGCUGGUGGCGUACGGAAAUGGCUUCAUCACUCGUGAAUUCCUGAAAAGCCUGAGAAAGCCAUUCUGUGACAUCAUGGAACCCAAGUUCGACUUCGCCAUGAAGUUCAACGCACUGGAACUGGAUGACAGUGACAUUUCCCUUUUUGUGGCUGCUAUAAUUUGCUGUGGAGAUGGCCGACCUGCGGCAGCUGGUCACGGAGCACGCGCAGCUGGUGCAGAUCAUCAAGAAGACGGAGUCGGACGCAGCGCUGCACCCGCUGCUGCAAGAGAUCUACAGGGACAUGUACUGAUUUCCCAAAGCAACAAUGAUGACAACUUUUCAAGGAGUUUUAUAGUCGACAGCACUACAGAGGAGAGAUGGGAGCAGCGUGAUUUUGCACAAAGAUCCACCACUUUGGCCUUAGAGGUUGGAAAAGUCUGAGCUCUAGGUAACCGGAAUAUUAUUCCAUGUCUGUCUUUGUUUUAACCAGUACUUCUAAGAGCGUGCAUAGCACUCGAAUGCUGGUGGUAGGUGGCUAAUACCAGGACUUGGAAAAUUAAGGGGAAUUAUGUUCAGCGGUCUGAUUUUAACUCACCCAAUGUUAAUCGGUGCACAUUUCUUUAUAUCACGUGAGUAAUUGACCAUUUAAUUAACUGGUAACCUUGAAUACGUGGUCUGUCUUCCCUUUUUACUACCCUUUUGACUGUUGUGCUCCUUUAUAAUUUUGAAAACUAAUCAGCACUUUUUAACGACGUUUAUAAUUGUGUAAAUCUAGAUGUAUCCAAAGGUUAGGUGUUUUAAAAGCGGCAAAAUAUUUAUUUGGAAGACUUCGUUCUGUUUCCUAAAUCUGAAGAAAGACAACAUGCUAUUUUUUAAUCAUAGGAUUGAGAGUUUUAUAGAACUAUUUGAUAAGCUAUCAAAAUGCAGCUGUUGUUUCAUUUUCAGUUCACUGUUCUCAUGGUUGUAACUAAUAAUGUGGACAAGCCUAUUUCCAGGUUUGUGUAGAAGAGCCCAGAAAACCACGUCACGAGACCGCCCCGGACUGUUUUAAGCUAGCGUCUGCGGUGAGCAGGAACAUGACAAACUCUGCGCGUGUGCUAGCGUCCCUCCCCCUGCCCCUUCUUCCUGUGAAAUCCCAACCAACUCAAUCAGGCUGUUUGUGGGCAUGAUGGUUAUUUUUAGGGACAAAUUGACAAAUUAUUUGUAAACGUUCUUCUGGGCCCCAUUUGGCAGCUCCUACCUACGUCUUUCCCUGUGUUGCUUUUUGGAAUGUGAUGCUUUAUGUGUUUAACUCUUGGUGGUAGCAGGUGCUCCCUGGAGCACAUGAGCACAUGUGACUUUCAGCCUAGGCUGGGAGGGGCUGCUCUCCCUGGAGAUUGAGGGAGGGGAGCCGCGUCCCCCAAGCGGCAGUUUUACUUCGUCUGAGAUUUCGCAGCAGUUGGUUGUUUUUUCACAAAGAUAGUCAAGUCUCUCUCCCCCCCACUGCAUAUGUAAGGUAGUUUUUCUGACAUCUGAAAUGUUGCUUUUAGCCUUAAAGAUCAAGUUCUCCACCUCAGUGCAGUGGGGAAAGCAAAGUUGAGAUGGUACUUUGUCCAAAACACAUGGACCUGGAAGUACCUCCUCCUCCCGUCUAUCUGGUGGAUUAAUUGUCCCUCCAGCCAGAACUAGACUGGCCCUGCCAGUGCUGAAUGUGACCUCCAUGGCGCCUUCUGUGUCUUUGAUGCCCCUCCCCCCCCUUCAUAAAAUUUGGUGCUUCUGAGGUUGUUAUUUAAAGAGUGAUCGGGAUUGACAGGGGUGACGUUCCCCAGAUCCACAGCAUGAAAAAAUGACAGUAGAAAGGACAAUGAAACUGUGAGACUUCCACUAGAAAAAAAGUGAAAGUUAGGAUUAGGACAUCCUUUUAAAAAAAAAAAAAAAAUUACACAUU